GGCGCCGCUGGCGGGUGCAGACAGGGCGCCGGGCCUGCCGCCGGCCCCGCUGGCCCCGCUCGGCCGGUGGUCGGCCCAAGGGGAUAGAGAGCUCCGAGGGGCAGCGGCGGCUCAGAACUGCAGAGGGAGGAACGCGGCCUCCGCACCGCCGGCCCUGCUCGUGGACGCCCGUUGUCACUUUGCUGGACAAGAGUACCACCUGGUGCCGCGUCCCCAGCUCGUGGCCGCGAGGGGAGCGAUCGAGGCGCGAUCCGGCCCCCGCACUCUCGCCGCUUCCGCCGCUGCCUCGCCCAGACGCCUCUGAAGCCCUGGGUCCCUUGGAGCAGGCCGCUUCCGCCGACGCCCCUCCCAGCCUGCGGUGGACAGCCAGAGCGAGCCGGGCCCGAGGGAGGCCCUGGGCAUCGGGCCUGUCGGAAGGCCAGGACCCCGCCUUGGGGUGCCGGCAAGCGUUGAGGCAUGCUGCAGGGGGCUUGGGCCAGCCUCAGCAUUUGGGCCCACCCAGCUGCUGACCUCGGCAGGAUGGGGGUCAUCAGGUGCCUUCUUGCUGUCCCAGCUGUAGGUCCACACAGUUUGACCACAGCUUAGAAGGAGGCAGUGGACAUGCCUGCACCCUGCCCCUCUGCUGGAGGGGUCAUGCUCUGUCCCACUCCUGUGUUCGGGGGCUUCUGUUUCAGAGGCUGAGAGGGGAUCCUGCAGCAGAGCACCAGGACCAGAGGACCAGCUAUGACCAGUUCCCCCGUCUCCAGAGUCGUCUACAACGGCAAAAGAAAUAGCAGCCCACGCUCGCCCACCAACAGCAGUGAGAUCUUCACCCCUGCCCACGAGGAGAAUGUGCGCUUUAUUUAUGAAGCCUGGCAGGGUGUGGAGCGAGACCUGCGCAGCCAGCUGUCAGGUGGCGAGCGGGGCCUGGUGGAGGAGUACGUGGAGAAGGUUCCCAACCCCAGCCUGAAGACCUUCAAGCCGAUUGACCUGAGUGACCUGAAACGCCGGAACACACAGGAUGCCAAGAAGUCCUAGAGUGCCAGCGCCCUCCCCUGGCCGCUGGAAGAUCAGGGUGCACUUGAUGUUGGCUUCCUCCUGUCCUGCAGGCCCUCCCAGGAGGAGGGAGGGGCCGUGCUCCAGUGGGCUGCAAGCCCUAGGGUCAGCAGAAUUGAUGGCCGAGGCCACUUCUCUCUGCGCCCCUCCUGUCCUCCCUGGGGAUCUCAAGCUGCCCCUGUCACUUGGAGGGGCGUCUGGCCCUGCCUGUCCCCGCCAGAGGCCCUGACCCUAGUCCCUUCUCCUCACCUGCUGCUGCCCCUCCCUUCUGUUCCUGUCCACUGCGGGA